GGUUCUUUCUCCUCCCCCGUGUGUCUCCCCCUUCACUCCUGGUCCUUCUCCGCCUCCCCUGUCCCUUCUCCUCCCCUGUCCCAUCCCCUCUUCCCUGACCCUCAGAGCGCUGGAGACCGCCCCCCAUCCCCUGACCGGCUCCACAUUUUACAACCAGUGCACUUAGAUCGGGGAGGGGUCGGUUGUGCUUCGAUGGGGGCCCACGUCCUCCUCCCAACUUCUUGGAAUCAGUGACCCGCGCUGGCCUGGCUGUCGGGCUUAAGCCUCCGGGACCAAAGACACAAGCUCGAGUUUCCUCUGAGAAAAGAAAGCGCCCAAGAAUGUGGGGGUGAAACUCCCCUAUUACUAGGAUCGCCAGAAUGUUAUGGAACAGUUCAAUCCUGGGCUGCGAAAUUUAAUAAACCUGGGGAAAAAUUAUGAGAAAGCUGUAAAUGCUAUGAUCCUGGCAGGAAAAGCCUACUACGAUGGAGUGGCCAAGAUCGGUGAGAUUGCCACCGGGUCCCCCGUGUCGACUGAACUGGGACAUGUCCUCAUAGAGAUUUCAAGUACCCACAAGAAACUCAACGAGAGUCUUGAUGAAAAUUUUAAAAAAUUCCACAAAGAGAUUAUCCACGAGCUGGAGAAGAAGAUAGAACUUGAUGUGAAAUAUAUGAACGCAACUCUAAAAAGAUACCAAACAGAACACAAGAAUAAAUUAGAGUCUUUGGAGAAAUCCCAGGCUGAGUUGAAGAAGAUCAGAAGGAAAAGCCAAGGAGGCCGAAACGCACUCAAAUAUGAACACAAAGAAAUUGAGUACGUGGAGACCGUUACUUCUCGUCAGAGUGAAAUCCAGAAAUUCAUUGCAGAUGGUUGCAAAGAAGCUCUGCUUGAAGAGAAGAGGCGCUUCUGCUUUCUGGUUGAUAAGCACUGUGGCUUUACAAACCACAUACAUUAUUAUCACUUACAGUCUGCAGAACUACUGAAUUCCAAGCUGCCCCGGUGGCAGGAGACCUGUGUUGAUGCCAUCAAAGUGCCAGAGAAAAUCAUGAAUAUGAUCGAAGAGAUAAAGACCCCAGCCUCUACUCCCGUGUCCGGAACGCCUCAGCCUUCACCCAUGAUUGAGAGAAGCAAUGUGGUGAGGAAAGAUUACGACACCCUUUCUAAAUGCUCACCAAAGAUGCCGCCCGCUCCUUCAGGCAGAGCUUAUACCAGUCCCUUGAUCGAUAUGUUUAAUAACCCAGCCACGGCUGCACCGAAUUCACAAAAGAUAAAUAAUUCAACAGGUACUUCCGAAGAUCCCAGUUUACAGCGAUCAGUUUCGGUUGCAACGGGGCUGAACAUGAUGAAGAAGCAGAAAGUGAAGACCAUCUUCCCGCACACUGCGGGCGCCAACAAGACCUUACUCAGCUUCGCACAGGGAGACGUCAUCACGCUGCUCAUCCCCGAGGAGAAGGAUGGCUGGCUUUAUGGAGAACACGACGUGUCCAAAGCGAGGGGUUGGUUCCCGUCUUCAUACACGAAGUUGCUGGAAGAAAAUGAGACCGAAGCAGUGACUGUGCCCACACCAAGCCCCGCGCCGGUGAGAAGCGUCAGCACCGUGAACUUGUCUGAGAACAGCAGUGUUGUCAUCCCCCCACCUGACUACUUGGAAUGCUUGUCCAUGGGGGCAGCUGCCGACAGGAGAGCAGACGCGGCCAGAACGACCUCCACCUUUAAGGCCCCAGCGUCCAAGCCUGAGACCACAGCUCCUAACGAUGCCAACGGGACUGCGAAGCCGCCUUUUCUCAGCGGAGAAAACCCCUUUGCCACUGUGAAACUCCGCCCCACCGUGACGAACGAUCGCUCGGCACCCAUCAUUCGAUGAGAAGACGGCCAAGGACUCUCCCGGGCCUCUCCGGUUCUCCCUCGCGGAAUGAUGGGCACGUCCUAACUCUAAUGCCGCCUGCCUAAGCAAAGCACGCUUCCCUGUUUCACGUAGUUGGGUUGACACGUUUCUGCCUUUAAGAUAAAUGAGUAAUAGUCUAAUGACCAACUCAGUCAUUUAAAAUAUCUUCUUCCUAUUCUGUUCAAGAAACAGUAAAACUUGGUUUCAAUCUUUACUGUAUUUUUUUAAAUGAAUUUUUUUUCCUUAACAGCCAGAAUAAGGGAUAGUAUACGCUUUCAUGACUGGCUUUCUGCACCUGAUGUCAAUGAGACCCAUUUUAUUUUAUAAGCACGUGCUCUUAGUAGCAUUAUGUCUAAAGAAAAUAUCACGGAAGUUUGCAUCUUAGCAUGCAAAUCAUAAUUUUAAGCAAUAUAAAUUAUGAAAAUACUAUAUGAAUGUAACUUUUUAACUUAAAAUGUUUAAUCAAAGUGUAGAGCUUCCAGAGAUGGAGAAACCCCUGCCCUCUGUCCGACUGCACCAGAGCUGUAAGUGCUAAGACGCUUUGCCUGCCCUUAUCACAGCCACAUGUAGCACUUGACGAAAUCCCUUCCGAGAGCUCCUUUUCUCGGUAGUUAGGAGUCACUGACUGGAUUCGCUGCACACAGCCCAUCCAGGACACAGGCCUGGGCGGCGGAGUCAUGGCUCCUUGUGUUCUCACUCUGCUAGCUGGCCAAAGCUGCAUCCAUUACCAAUACACUCAAACUUCUCGGGGUCCCGGUUUCUCCGUGUUUGAAUCGGGUACAGACUCUCAAGGAUACGUGUAAAGCCAGGAUGACCUCUGGUGCCUGGAGAGGGCGGGUUUUUCAGCCUAGCAGCCAUGAUGCCCUCAGAACCUGAACCUGUGGUACAGAUGUGAGGACUGCGCACUGGCUGCCCUAAGGCCGGGGCUGGAAUUCACCUCUGACUGCCAAAGAUCUGGAUCCAAUUCCCAGCCCGGCCCAGGUAUGGGGGAAUCCCAGAAUUUUGUGAGACUGAGGCAGGCACGUCACCUGAGGUCAGGAGUCGCUACUAAAAAUACAAAAAUUAAGACAGGCGUGGUGGUGUGUGCCUGUGAUCCCAGCCACUCGGGAGGCUGAGGCAGGAGAAUCGCUUGAACCCGGGAGGCAGAGGUUGCAGUCAGCCAGAUCAUGCCGCUGCCCUGCAGCCUGGGUGACAGAUUUCCAGCCCAGCCGCUGUGUGUGUUGUGGGGUGCUGGGGCUGUGGCUUAUCACCUCUCCUUUGGCCUUGCCUUAAGUGUACUACUUUCCUGUGAGGCUGAGACUGGGAGAGGUUACAUGCAGGUAAGCCAGUGGACGUGGGCGAUGCUUCAGGCUCCUUCCAGCCAGGUCCAGCAGCAUCACCAUCUGCUUCUGCUGGGAGGACAAACCAGACGCGCCCCCCACCCAGCCCCCAGGAGGGGCUGCAGGCACCAUGAACUAUAUGUUAAUGCCCCCAGUCUGUCCUACAGAAGGGCCUGCAGCCACGUGAGAAUUCAGUCCACGCAAACCCCGUGGCCGUGUUCUCCACUUCACACGUCAGAGGCAGGGCUCAGCCCCAUCUGGUGCCAUGGGUGACACCUGGCCUUUGGCGUUCCCCCUUCGGGAUGGUUCUGGUUUUGUUAUGGGGUUGAAGACUAGGACCUGGGGGUCUCAGAUGCAACCUGCAGGCCCCAGGUUCCACCUCCCAGACCAGAACGGGGGGAUGACCUUGUCCUUGGCACCGAGGUGCCUAUUCUGUAAAUGUCAAGGGAUUAUAAUUGUAAUAAUAAAGAACUUGGAAACAAGCA